AUGGCUGUAAUUUGGAUACCGAGGGCCCUCGCUUUGGUCCUUUUGCUUUCAAGCAGAAGCAAUGUCAGCGGUGAAGGUUCCUGGUGCUACGAUCGAGCAGAAUGUGGCCCUAGCACAUGGUCAACCCGCGAGUAUUGCAAUGGCAAGAGACAGUCCCCCAUUGAUAUCCAGUCUGGGAAAGCCGUCCGUAAUUCCAGGUUGGAAGCCAUCACCCUCACCGGCUACGACGACAACAAAAAGCUGCUAGAAGCCAAGAACACUGGGAAAACAGUUGAUUUCGAACUUGGAGAAGGUCUCCGCCUCAGUGGCCGUGGUCUUCCAGCACCGUAUGCGGCCAAAUCCUUCCACCUCCAUUGGGGAAAUGGUGAUUCCAAGCCAGGAUCUGAGCACUAUAUAGACAACAGACGAUACUCCAUGGAGUUACACAUUGUGCAUACCAAAAACAACAUGAGCAUGUCAGAUGCUUUGAAGGAUCCAGAAGGCAUUGCUGUGCUGGGAUUCUUUAUUGAGGGCUCUAGGAUGGCUAGAGAAAAGACGGCUGAAGCGUGGGAAGCGCUCACAAAGAACCUCAAGAAAGUCUCUGAAAAAGGCAAAGACGUGCAUCUUGACAGCUCCAUCUCGCUUCUGGACUUGCUGGGCUCCCCGGACCUUACCCGCUAUUAUCGCUACCCUGGGUCCCUCACCACCCCCAACUGCAAUGAGGUCGUGAUCUGGACCAUCUUUCCCGAUCCUAUUCUGGUGCCGCCCAAAGUGGUGGCAGCUUUCCCGUCUGAACUGUAUUCUACAGAUUCUUCCAGCGGGCCACAUCUGGAGAACAACUUCCGCCCCCUGCAGCCGAUCGGGGCCCGGAAAGUCGAAGCGUCUGCUUCAAUGAGAGCUCCUCGUUCCGCUGCCUCCCUGGUCUCCCCGUCAAAACCUUUCCUCCUUUUCCUUUUCGUCACUACUCUCAGGCCCUUCUUCCCUGAAUAA